ACAUCGUUGCGAUUGCAAUAUCAAUGCUUCAUCGGCUAGACUCAACGUUGGUGUCGUCAGUAGAGGAUCACAUACCACUGGUUCGACGUCAUAAUUGGAAUUGGGAUAGGAUCACAAAAAUACGUCCGAGCUGGUUCUUCGUAAAUUGGACAUCAACUCCAAAUACACUAAACAAUUCACACACGGCAGCUUUUUUCUGGAUUUUGACCAGGAGGAGGAAAAGGGAAAAAAUAGCAAAGGGGCAAAAGAGCGUUGGUGGCCAAUAUAUGUUCCGGCGGGCAAACUCAUUUAUAUUAUCACCAUAAAACCCCCUCCGUGAACUCCGCCAAUUUCACUCCGGCCACCGUCCUCGUCCUCUGACGAAGACAUCUCACUCCCCGCUCGUCCCCUCUCCGGAGGUUGACGAGCGUGGCCAUAGUUACAGCAGGGGCAAGAUGUCCCUGUAUACACCACCGCCACCGUUUCGUACCGCCGAUGAGAACAAGCCCACGCUCUUGGUCUGCUGGUGGAUUACCCUAUUUUGUACCACGGUUAUCUUGCUACGCAUCGUUGGCCGUUUCGUUCGCUCCGAAAAACUUUAUAGAGAAGAUAAGAUAGCUGCGUUGGCUAUCAUUCCGUUGUUUUUGCGCAUGGGAUGCGUUCAUGUUAUACUCAUCUAUGGGACCAAUAAUGCCUAUUAUACCGAACUAACGGACGAAGACUUGCGUAAAAAGACAAUUGCUAGUGGGCUGGUUCUUGCUAGCCGGUUCUUUUAUGCGGCAACGCUUUGGAUUCUGAAGGGCGCCAUUCUUGAAUUCUUCACCCGCUUGACGAGCAUUACCUGGAACCGUUCGCACGAAAUUGUCGUGAUGGUUAUACGAGCUACUUUGGUAGCAACUUUCGUGGCUGUCGUGAUAGCGGAUCUCGCAGAGUGCCAACCAUUUAACCAUUAUUGGCAGGUGUUGCCCGAUCCUGGAGGUCAAUGCCGCCAAGGUUACGCCCAACUUAUUACCAUGGCGACUUGCAACAUUUUGACUGACCUCCUACUCGUCUUAUACCCAGUUCCGAUUAUCCUCACAAGCUACAUGGGUACUAAGAAAAAGAUACAACUAACAGUGUUGUUCUCGUCAAGCCUGAUCGUCGUGGGGGCGACUGGAUAUCGAAUUCCUCGAAUCAUCGGCCAGGACGGAAACCAACAAAUCCGUUCAUUGCUUGCCUCAGUCGAACUACUUCUUGCCACGGCUGUUGCUAAUAUGUUAGUACUUGGGUCAUUCGUUCGGGAUCGCGGAUUGAAGAAGACAAGAUACAGGCAUACUUCAAUCGCUGCUGAUUCCAUGGACCGUGCAUCCGACCGUCGACCUACCCUCCACCGACAUUGGGGCAGCGACGAAGACCUUGUGAGAGACUUGGGUCUUGGUGUUGACCGCGAGCUCCGCGAUGCCGUGGAACAGCAAAAGCAAGCCGAAAAGCCUGCCAGACCAUUUGCGAAUAUGGAUAAGUGGGAUGUACCUCGUCGGAAUCCCAGCGAUGCCACACGUAGCGAUGCUUCUAUUUUGGUUUCAGGGUCGCGAAGCAGCUCAACGCUAAUGGCUCGCCGAGUUAGUUUCAUCGACGCUGGUGGACUACUUGACAGCGACCGAUCUCGAAGUGCACUGGAUACGUACGGUUCUAUCCUCGAACCGCCAUCUCCACCUUCAACUGCUAUCCAAGCAGCUCCCAGUGGCUUUCGACGCGGAUCUCAAGUCCUACUACAAGAUCUUAGUGGGCUCCUUAGCCCCUUUAAUUCGAGGCAACCCCGAUCGAGUUCGAGAAAUAGAACUGAAUUAGUACCAAUACCACAACAACCGGAACAUAUAACCGGCGAUUCUUCUACUAGCCAUGGCAACUCGGCUGACACGGAGUUCGACCUGAAAGACUUGGAGGCUCCCUUCCAGAAGCCCCAACGUUAAUGAUUGAACUUCGAAAUAAGCACUGGGAAAGAGAAGCCCCUCGAAACCUUUGCGGCUCCCUUGACUGCAAGGGCGCAAUAUAACCCUUCGACACGAGUGGCGAGUUGAAACAACAAUUUUCUUACCUUUUCACCAACUUCUACAUUACGAAAUUUACGAUGUCGAUGCCCAAAAUUUCAUGCCUU